AUGACCGACAUAAAGCCCCCGUUUACCGAGGAGUCGGCGAGGAAGAAGGUCAAGGCGGCGCAGAAUCUAUGGAACACUCAGGAUCCCGUCCGCGUCGCGCAGGCCUACACGCCCACGUGCAUCUGGCGCAACCGGACCUCAUUCUUCGCUGGAUCGGAGGGGAUUGUCGAGUUUUUGACGGCCAAGUGGAGGCGCGAGCAGAACUACAAGCUGCGGAAGGAGCUGUUCUCCUUCACGGAUGACCGCAUCGCGGUGCAGUUCUGGUACGAGUAUCAGGAUAGAGAGGACGGGUUGCGCUGGAAGCGGUGCUACGGGCUGGAGGACUGGACGUUUGAUCGCGAAUCAGGGAAGAUGUGCAAGCGGAUGAUGAGUGGGAAUGAUCUGCUGAUUGGGCCGGACGGAAAUGGGGAGGGGAGGUGGUUUGUGGAUGGCGUGGAUGUUGAAGAUGUGAAAAUUGGAGAGGAGCAUUGGUGAUGAUGGCCGUCCGUCAGAUAAUUAAUUUCGCAGCCCAUGCAGAUGGAUUAGCCUUUACCAUGCAGGAUAUGUCUUCAACCGCUGGGUUGGUUCCAGGGAUCCUCGGGAGAAGAAAAAAUGAAGAAAUGAAUGGCUGAUUGAGACAUGGAGACAGACAUGGCCGUCGCGUCGGGUAUAUGCAGUGCUGCAUCCAGAGAGGGGCGGCGGUCGGUGUCAGAUUGGCCCCUCGCAACUCAAGACCUAAGUACUUUACUUCCUGCAUACCCAACCAGCGACCAUCGCAAACCAGGUACUUAGUUUAAAUUCAGUUACUGAACCACCGUCGCAUAGCCUAGACAUGGGCGUGGACGUGGGCGUGGG